UCAGGUACAGACACAAAGCCGUUGGGAGUAAACUAGUGCGUAUAAACGAAAGUUUACACUGAGCGCAAGCCUACCCACCACAACGGAGAGCCCCAGGCAAACGGGGCCACAAGCUCGUGUUUCGGGGAAGGACAACGCUCCUUCCACCAAGCGACGCUGGGUCCCACCUUCAACUCUGCGACAACAAGAUGCCCUCACACCGGAAUCUCGUAAUGACCUGGUGUUCCGCAGGGUUCGCGGCAUCCUCAACAAACUCACACCAGAAAAAUUCAAGAAGCUGAGCGAUGAUCUGCUACGCACCGAACAGCUACAGUCAAUUGUCAUCUUGAAGGGCGUCAUCUUUCUCAUAUUCGAGAAAGCCCUCGACGAACCCAAAUACUCGUCUAUGUAUGCGCAGUUGUGCAAACGACUGUCAGAAGAAGCUCCAAAUUUCGAACCCGCAGAUCAGCCGUGCACCUUCCGAGUUUUACUGCUCAACAAGUGCAAGGUUGAAUUUGAGAAUCGUGCUGCUGCACUCGAAUACAAUGGCGCUGUCAACCUCUCAGAGGAGGAGGAGGAGCGCCGACAGCUCGCCAAACUCAAGAUGCUGGGCAACAUCAAGUUCAUCGGCGAGCUGGGCAAACUGGAAAUACUGUCGGAGAGCAUCUUGCAUCGUUGCAUCAAGGAAUUGUUGGUCAGGCGUGGGGACGAUCCCUCCGAGGACCUCGAAUGCCUCUGUCAGAUUAUGCGGACCUGCGGCCGCAUCUUGGACACCGACAAGGGUAAAAACCUCAUGAACCAAUAUUUCCAAAGAAUGAAGAUGCUUACUGAAAAUCAAGACUUACAGCCAAGGAUAAAAUUCAUGUUGAAAGACGUGAUAGAUUUGAGAAAUAAUGGAUGGGUGCCGAGGAAGGCGACUGUCGUGGAAGGUCCGAUGCCCAUCAACCAGAUCAGACCGGUCGAGGAAGAUCGUCCGGGGUAUCGCCGGGAACGUAAUCACGAACGAGAGAGUGAACGUUCCAACACUUCGGAACUGUUUCGUUACCCGAUGAAGACCAGAGGCGGUAUCGAUAACAUGCUCAUGGGAAUCAAUCUGACUCAAACCACCCCUACCUUGAUUCCUACUGUUCCGCCGCCGUUCGGGAGCCACAACGGAUAUGGAAGUCAAAGGGACGGAACAUACCGUGGUCACAACAACCAACGUAGCGGAGGCUACAACAACUCCAAUAACCAGAGAGGACAAUACAAGCACAAUCAGAACAACUCAAACUCUCAGUUCAAUCAAUCCAAUAAGGAUGUUGCUCCUCGUUUUAAGAAGAGCAACCUCAUAGUGGCCAAAGACGAAAUGUCUGAAGUUGAACUGAGACCGAACUCGAUGCUGAUAACCAAAGCAUCACUGAAAACCAACAAUUUGAUGAAUAACAGAACUUUGGAACCCACUUUUGCACCUCCUAGUAUGAAACAGCCGCCUACCAGUUUGCUCAAGGACCCUUUGCCCAUAAAACAAGUGCCAGCUGAAAAGCCAAAACAAUCAAAAAAAGACAAGGGUCCAAGUAUGGCAGAGGUGUUGGAGAAGUUCAAUUCUUUCAUCGAUGAAUAUUGGAAGGGGGAAAUAGAUCUCAAACAGGCAAUUAACUUUUAUAAAGAGCACAAAGUUCCUGAAAAAUUUGGCAAGUCGGUGAUCCUCAGUGGUUUGACCUUUGCACUUGAAAAAUCUGAUGUGGAACAAGAAAAACUCAUUAAAUUCCUAAGUAACCUGAAGGAGGAUAAUUUGGUAAGCAGCCACAAUGUGCAGGAAGCAUUCAAGUCGCUGUGUAACGUAUUGGGAGAGACAGAGAAUGAUAUCACUAAAGUGACGAAUUCUGCUUCAGUUCUGUUCGCUACAGCAGUAUGUGAGCAUCUCAUACCCUUGUCGGACAUUGCAUCGCUGACAGAUAACGGAGCACACUAUCCUUUGUUCUUGUUGGUGUUGCAGCAUAUUCAUAAGAAGAGGGGCAAGUCUGAGCUGUCAGAGUUGUUCAACAAAAGCAAGAUCAAUCUUAUGACCCAACUACCCGAAAAGGACAAGACGAAAGAGCGGCUGACCGAAAUUCUUGAAGAACGUGAUCUGACUUUCUUGUACCCUCUACUACGCAUCCAGGCAGAUCUUACUCGUCAACUUCAAACUGAUCCGAAUCCUCAGUCGUUUUAUAAGUGGAUCAAAGAGAACUUGGAGCCAUCUAACUUUAAUGAUUCUGGUUUCAUCAAUGCACUCAUGACGGUGCUUUUGAAGUACAUUACCCAGGAGUCUACAGCUAAUGGCGGUGAUAAUGAAAAAUCGAUUAUCGAGAAGGAAACGACCCUCUUGAAACGUUAUCAACCGAUUCUUCAUACCUUUCUUCAAGAUAAGUCAAGUUUGCAGUUGGUGGCUUUAUAUUCACUCCAAAUGCAUUUUCAUUCGCUUGGCUUUCCUAAAGGACAACUGUUGAGAUGGUUUGUCGCCUUGUAUGACAUGGAAAUUGUCGACGAAGAAGCAUUCCUGCACUGGAGGGAAGAUGUCACCGAUGCUUACGCUGGCAAAGGGAAUGCGCUGUUCCAGGUUAACCAGUGGUUGAACUGGUUAGAAAACGCUGAAUCUGAGGAAGAAGAAGGCGAUGAUUGAAUCGUUUUUGGUUAGAUAAGUAGCAUGAAAUUGCGUAAUAGAAAAAGUUUAAACAUAUUUAUAAGUUAUUAAAACAUAACAGGGACGUGACAGUCCUUAUUUUACUUUAUCACUUGUUUGAACGAAAGCAGUUUAGACAUUUCAUUUUAGGUUUCUGCUCCAUAGAAAUGAUUUUGUUAUGGGGUGUAAAACUUUUGUUUAUACCCGUCAUUCAUUUCUUCAUAUGAGAUUAUGAAUGAGUUGUCCAUUUAAAUGGACGUUGUUAAAAUAUUUUUCUUGGAUGAAUUUUCGUUCUUCAUCUUGUGGGCAAUUUUUAUCCAUCGUCAAUGAACUCUUAGUGGAAUUGUAAACUUAGUUUUUUUUGUGUGAGCGAUGUAUUUUUUUGAAUGAAUAAUAGUUGAGUGAUGUUGAUCUGAGAGUUUGCUUAGAUACUCGUCUUCAUCAAGGCAGUGUCUCAGAAAAUCAGCUUAUGGGUAUUUUUUUUACUAUUAUACUUUCGAUUUAAUUUUUGACUUUUUUCUCAAGAUUUUGUCUCGAGAAUAUGUCUACAUCUUUGCACUUACCACCCAGAUGACUGUGUUUAUAAAUCUAAAAACAAGCUUUUAAUUCUAUAGAUCAUUUUAUAAAACUGUGUUCUCAUUCGUGUAUUUUAUGUCGGAUCACCAUGUAUUUCUUGAGUAUUUUUGUUACAAAAGUUAGUUAAUUUUUUCUUCUGAUUAUACACUUAGAUUACUUAAUGUGUCACUAAAAAACUAAAACAAUUGUACUGUGAAAUCUUGUGUUAAUAAAACUAUUCGAUGGUAUUUUGCUA